GGAAUAAUACACGGAACCAAAUUGUUGAGAUUAUGUACCCUACCCAGUGGGUAUUUAAAAUCGGACUAAUGCAGUAACCCAUAGAACAAGACGUGAGUUGAAAGUGCUUUAACUUUUAAGAAAGAAUGGGUUCUUUAUCCGCCAAUGCUGUCAGACAGAUAUUUGCAUUUUGUAUCAAUGGGCCACAUUUUGACAAGGUGUUAAAUAAGCUGCAACUGGUUUCUGCUAUUCCUGGAAAAAUGGUCUGUGAGAUGAAAGUUGAAGAGGAGCACACAAACAGAGGUGGCACACUGCAUGGAGGACUGACCGCUACACUUGUGGACUUUGUUUCAACUACAGCACUAAUAAACACAGAGCGAGGUGCACCAGGUGUCAGUGUAGAUAUGAACAUUACGUAUUUGAGUUCUGCAAAGAUUGGAGAUGAAAUCCUGAUCACUGCACAGAUUCUGAAACAAGGGAGGACUCUUGCAUUUGCCACGGUGGAUAUCACAAACAAGGCCACAGGAAAACUACUAGCCCAAGGAAGACAUACAAAACAUUUGGGGAACUAAGAGAAAUGUGUCAAUUUAAUAAAAAUGUAUAGCUUA